CGGGUCAGUAUCUAUUUUCGUUAAAUGUGGCUAUAAUUUCUCAGAUUUAAGAUACAAACAAGUUCUAGACUAUAUUUACCAGAUCAGUAAAUAUGGCGAUAAGAGCUCAAUACGAGAAUAGCAACGAGGUCGGAGUCUUCUCUACACUGACAAAUUCGUAUGCUUUGGUAUCGCUAGGGUCGUCUAGUAAUUUUGCCAGUGUUUUCGAAGCCGAAUUGACACCUCAUAUACCAGUUAUUCAUACAACAAUCGGAGGGACGCGCGUUAUUGGAAGAGUCUCAGUAGGCAAUAAGAGGGGUCUACUUGUCUCAAGUAUCUGCACUGAUAAAGAGCUGAGGCACCUGAGGAAUUCGCUGCCAGAUUCGGUGGAAAUUCGCAGAAUAGAUGAACGGCUAUCAGCCCUCGGCAAUUGUAUAUCUGCAAACGAUUAUGUUGGACUUAUCCACGUGGAUAUGGAUAAGGAAACCGAAGAGAUUGUAGAAGAUGUCUUGGGAAUCGAGGUCUUUAGAGCUUCUAUCGCAGGUGAUGUACUAAUAGGGAGUUAUACGAGAUUCCAAAAUAAAGGUGGACUCGUACAUGUCAAAACAACAACAAACGAAAUGGAAGAAUUAUCUCAACUCCUACAAAUACCACUCACAUCGGGAACCAUAAAUCGUGGCUCAGACGUCAUAGGAUCAGGUAUCGUUGUGAAUGACUGGGUGGCAUUCUGCGGUAUGACUACUACCGCCACUGAAAUCGCUACUGUGGAAAAGAUCUUCAAGCUCGCGAGACCCUCGGACUUGAACUCGUCAAUCAUAGACAAUCAUAGUCUAAGAAACGCUCUAAUAGACACUCUAAUUUAAAGAGCCCUGCCCUGA